AUGGAUGCUGCGGGAAGGGGCUGCCAUUUGCUGCCCCUGCCAGCGGCGCGCGGACCUGCUCGCUCUCCCGCAGCGGCGGCCGCCGCCCGCGCUGUCAGCCGGCCCGGCCUCUGCAGCGCCGCCGCCUCGGCUCCCUCCGCGGCCGCGGGAGCGGUCGCCAUGAACCCCAGCUCCUCGGCGGGAGAGGAGAAGGGGGCGACGGGCGGCAGCAGCGGCGGCGGAAGCGGCGCCGGGAGCUGCUGCCUGGGCGCCGAGGGCGGCGCGGAGCCGCGGGGCGCGGGGGCAGCGGCGGCGGUGGGGGCCGCUGCCCUGGAAGAGCCCGCGGCCGCCGGCCCGAAGGAGAAGGACGAGGCGCUGGAGGAGAAGCUGAGGAACUUAACUUUCCGGAAGCAGGUCUCUUACAGGAAAGCCAUCUCCCGGGCAGGCCUACAGCACCUGGUUCCCGCACAUGCCCUCAGCCUCCCUGUGGCAAACGGCCCGGCGAAGGAGCCCAGAGCGACUCUGGACUGGAGCGAGAAUGCCGUGAAUGGAGAGCACCUGUGGCUGGAGACCAACGUCUCAGGAGACCUGUGUUACCUGGGAGAGGAGAACUGCCAAGUCAGAUUUGCAAAAUCGGCCCUGAGGAGGAAGUGUGCGGUCUGUAAGAUCGUCGUCCACACCGCCUGCAUUGAACAGCUAGAAAAGAUUAAUUUCAGAUGUAAACCAACAUUUCGAGAAGGGGGCUCAAGAUCACCGAGAGAAAACUUUGUGCGUCAUCACUGGGUACACCGGCGUCGGCAGGAGGGAAAAUGUAAGCAGUGUGGUAAGGGCUUCCAGCAAAAAUUCUCCUUCCACAGUAAAGAGAUUGUGGCCAUCAGCUGUUCCUGGUGCAAGCAGGCGUUUCACAAUAAGGUGACCUGCUUCAUGCUGCAUCACAUUGAGGAACCCUGCUCCCUGGGGGCUCAUGCUGCUGUCAUUGUCCCGCCCACCUGGAUCAUUAAGGUGAAGAAACCUCAGAACUCGCUAAAGGCUUCGAAUCGGAAGAAGAAGAGGACCAGCUUUAAAAGGAAAGCCAGUAAAAGAGGGACAGAACAGGAAAACAAAGGUCGUCCUUUUGUGAUAAAACCUAUCUCUUCUCCUCUCAUGAAACCGUUGCUUGUGUUUGUGAACCCCAAGAGCGGAGGCAACCAGGGAACCAAAGUCCUGCAGAUGUUCAUGUGGUACCUGAAUCCACGGCAGGUGUUUGAUCUUUCUCAGGAGGGGCCCAAAGAUGCGCUUGAGUUGUAUAGGAAAGUACCAAAUCUGCGAAUUCUGGCGUGUGGUGGGGAUGGAACGGUGGGCUGGAUCCUUUCUAUUCUGGAUGAACUGCAGCUGAGCCCUCAGCCUCCCGUCGGGGUCCUUCCUCUGGGGACUGGGAACGACCUGGCCCGAACUCUCAACUGGGGAGGGGGCUACACUGAUGAACCUGUCUCUAAGAUCCUUUGCCAAGUAGAAGAUGGGACAAUUGUACAGCUAGAUCGCUGGAACCUCCAUGUGGAAAGAAACCCAGACUUGCCUCCAGAAGAACUUGAAGAUGGCGUCUGUAAGCUUCCUCUGAAUGUUUUCAAUAAUUACUUCAGCCUUGGAUUCGAUGCCCACGUCACACUGGAGUUCCAUGAAUCCAGAGAAGCAAAUCCAGAGAAAUUUAAUAGUCGUUUUCGAAAUAAAAUGUUCUAUGCAGGGGCAGCUUUUUCUGAUUUCCUACAAAGAAGUUCUAGAGAUCUAUCCAAACAUGUUAAAGUUGUUUGUGAUGGAACAGAUCUCACUCCAAAGAUUCAGGAACUGAAGUUCCAGUGUAUAGUAUUUUUAAAUAUACCCAGAUACUGUGCUGGCACAAUGCCCUGGGGGAACCCAGGAGAUCACCAUGACUUUGAACCUCAGCGUCAUGAUGAUGGUUAUAUUGAAGUCAUUGGAUUCACUAUGGCCUCUUUGGCUGCCCUGCAAGUUGGAGGCCAUGGGGAAAGGCUACACCAGUGUCGGGAGGUCAUGCUGCUCACUUACAAGUCCAUCCCCAUGCAAGUGGACGGGGAGCCCUGUCGGUUGGCCCCAGCUAUGAUUCGGAUCUCCUUGAGGAAUCAAGCCAACAUGGUACAGAAGAGCAAGAGGAGAACAUCCAUGCCUUUACUCAAUGAUCCCCAGUCUGUCCCAGACCGCCUGAGGAUCCGGGUGAACAAAAUCAGUUUACAAGACUAUGAAGGAUUCCACUAUGACAAAGAGAAACUUCGGGAAGCUUCUAUCCCUCUGGGUAUUCUAGUUGUGCGUGGAGACUGUGAUUUGGAGACUUGCCGUAUGUACAUAGACCGCCUACAGGAGGACCUGCAGUCAGUUUCUUCUGGCUCCCAGAGAGUUCAUUACCAGAUGUUUCCGUGUCCAAGAUGGCUGCCAUUAGCAACCAGGGCUGCAUGUGUCUUCUUCACAUCCAGGAAAGACCACGAGACCUCCUUCCCCAGGGCACUCUCAGCUCAGAGACUCUCACCACGGUGGUGCUUUCUAGACGCAACUUCUGCUGAUCGCUUUUACCGAAUAGACAGAUCUCAGGAACAUUUGCACUUUGUGAUGGAGAUUUCCCAAGAUGAGAUUUUUAUUCUGGACCCAGAUAUGGUGUUGUCACAGCAGGCGGGUACACCUCCAGGAAUGCCGGACCUGGUCGUGGAGCAGGCCUCGGGAAUGUCCGACUGGUGGAACCCCGCCCUACGGAAGCGCAUGCUGAGCGACAGCGGGCUGGGAACCGGAACCCCGGAGUAUGACGACUCAGAUUUGAGAGACUUCAGCCACUCCCGUGUGCUACAGUCACCAGUCUCUUCAGAAGAUCACGCAAUUUUGCAGGCAGUAAUAGCUGGUGAUCUUAUGAAGCUAAUGGAAAGCUAUAAAAAUGGAGGCAGUCUGCUAAUUCAGGGCCCGGACCACUGCUCCCUCCUUCACCACGCAGCCAAAACCGGCCACGGGGAGAUCGUGAAAUAUAUCCUGGACCACGGACCUUCUGAGUUAUUGGAUAUGGCAGACAGCGAAACGGGUGAGACCGCACUGCACAAGGCUGCCUGCCAGCGGAACCGGGCUGUGUGCCAGCUUCUGGUGGACGCGGGAGCAUCUCUGAGAAAGACGGACUCCAAGGGUAAGACACCUCAAGACAGAGCCCAGCAGGCUGGAGACCCAGACUUGGCUGCUUACCUAGAAAGCCGCCAGAACUAUAAGAUCAUUGGCCAUGAGGACCUGGAAACUGCUGUUUGACGCUGGUAGAUCACAAAGAGAACCUGAGCAAGUGUAUCACCCGUGCCCUCCCGGCAAUUGGGCAGCUCCCCUGGAAGAAGCUAUUGGAAUCCACAAAGAUGUCUUUCUCUGCAAGAAUCUGAGACCAUGCCACCAGUUGUUAAGGGCUACCAGACAUACAACAGAACACGAUAGCCCGCUGAGGAAGAGGCAGGAUACCUGGAGAUUUGUGGAAUACACAUUCCACAAAAUUUGAUCCUUAUUGCUUCCAGCAAGUAGCAUGAACUGCUGUGUUCACCUGUAUAAUUUAUUUUCGAGAUUCACAGGAUGUUCGUACAAAUGGCACCGCUCCCUCCUCCCCCAUGCAUUCACGAUUCCUCUGUACCACACAAUUCUACUGCAACUACCCACCAUUCCAAAAAAAAAAUAUAUAUAUAUAUAUAUGAUCUGCUGUCUUACACUCAGUCUCUGAAGACCACAAGACACUCUGGAGGUCUCUGAAAGCCCUCUGGAUGUCCUGCAAAAACGCAACUGUAAAGCUGCUCCCAUUUCCAAGACGAAAUAUACCAAGACUAUUAGUGACUCUUUGCAUGUCUCCCCUCCCUCCCUCAUCCCUUGUCAUUCUGUAGGAGCUGGGACGUGCCACAUGGAUAAUGUGAACGUGUGUGCUAUAUCUCUGAGGUAUGGUGAGGUGGCAUGGGAGGGAACCCGGGGGCCGGCCCUGGCUGCGGGGCGGUUGCUGAUAGCCACGAAGGACUGGUUCAGCUUGGGCUGUUUGCACAACCCCAUACUGCCUACGUGUAGCCAUCUUUGCCUUUUGCUGUGAUAGAGACGAGCAAAGGAUUAAAUGAAGGCCCACGGCUGGUUUGGUGGAAUCACUGGAUUUUAAGUGCUGUUGAAGUUGCUGAGCAGAAAACCAUGUGUGGGGACUGUGGUUACAGGAAAUGGAGCACUGUGACAGCGUUUGCUUCUAGACUUUCUCGAGUGAUAAUAGAAAGCAGGCUAAUUGACUUGAAAUAAAACAGCCAAUGCAAAAGUAGCAACAUAUGUCAAAAUAACUCACUUAAGCAAGAACACAGUCACUGGCGUGUUGCACGGAGGCUAAUAAGUAGAGACUCUUGGGUGUAGUGGUGAGAGGGGUCCCAUUUUAGGUUUUCCUUCUAAGUGUUUGGUUUUGAUUACCCCGAGUAAGCCUUAUCCCAAGGACAAAGCCUUGUUUUAUGAGUUCCACUGCCGAAUUUCCAGGAUGGCUGUGUCUUCCCAAUGGACGCUUCACCUUUUACUUGUCAGGUCCCAAGGUCAUGCCUGAUGGCACUGCAACCCCAUUUCUUACAUACGGGGUAGUCUAAUGUAUUCUUUUCUCUGUUUCCCCCUACCAGGAAAUUCUUAGUAGAAACCCACUGUGGGAGCCCUAACCAGAAAUGUGUCUUCUGGCAUUGGAAUUACAACUUUGAAUCCCACCACAGAUCACUUGGUACUUACAGGUCCCUCUAGUAGAGACUCUGUGAUAACUACAAGAGCAGGAGGAAAGGGCUCCUAACUUUCAGUGAAGAUGUCUUCUUGACUUGGGCAGAAGUCAGAAAUGAAAGUGGGUGAUCCAGGGUUUCAGACUAAAGCUGAUGUCUUCUGAGCUUUCUUCCAUUUUGUUCUUAGACACAAACAAAGUGCUUCCCUAGCGUCUCUGCAUGUGAACAUAUAAAUGAUUCUAUUUCCGCAUUCACUUUAAAGGUCCAGUGGUGACACGUUGCUUACCUGAAUCGCAUUUUGGUCACAUAUCAUUUUGAGAGGACAGAUAGGAAAACUGUAUUAAGGAGGAAUAGCUUCUCUGGGGAUGGGGAUAAAGGAUCUCUUUAGCUGUUUCAAAAUAAAAUUAUUGGUGUUAUUUCUAGCUGUGGAAGCAUAGGUUGGUUAUGAGUAAUUUCCAUCUAUCAGUCUUUGAGAUGGAAUUAUCUGUUGGGUUUUAUGGUGAGGUAAGGAGGAUGGCAGUAGAUUGUUUCCAGAAACUGGAAAAAAAAUAGGCUCCAGGAGAAUUUAAUCCCUGGGCUUCAUCUGGGAGUUUUUCAGUUGGUAGGACUGUCAGAGAGAGGUGGUGAUGACAGAAAUAUAGUCCUUGAAACAGACUGGCAUCUGGCUUUGAAUGGUGCCUUCCAUUCCCUAGAUUGGGCCAAAUAGUUGGCCACACAGUUGGUUACCCAGAUGCCAUCUCUGGGAUGAAGGGCUAUUUUCACCAACUACCAUCUCCUAUUUCUUUGUGAUGUUUCAAAGCAGCCCAGAGAGAAUUUAGGGUAUAGAUGGCUACAGGCCAGUUUAAAUAGGUCCAACUGAAGUCACAGUAAAUUCCUGGUAUGAAAAUAGAUAAAGUAAUGACUACUGUAGGGGUUCUUAUACAUUUGGAAAUCACUCCGAGCUACCCCCCCACAAAAGAGUUCUGUAUUAUGGAUGGGAAACUAUGUACAGCCAAGGCAAAUAUCUUUUUGAAAAAGCAAAGACCCUCAGGACUUGGGUUUUCCAACAAAAGAACAUCAAAAAUGAACAGAACGGUUACAUAGUUAAUGGAUUCAAUAUUAAACCUACCUCCUGUAGCAUUUUUAAAGUCCUGGCCUUCAGAAGGAGCUGGGGCCAUAUGCUCCAGGAGUUUCCAGCUCAGCUCAAGCAUAUAGUAUCCCCUUUAGUGGGCCAUCAGAAAGGGCAGAAACCAGUGGUCUGGCCCUGGUCUGUAUCUGGAAACCCACAAACAUUUAAAGGACAUAAAACUGUAUACUUAUAGGAAUACCAUUUUCCACAAACCCUCUCAGGACAGUGCUGGAGCGUGGCUGGCUUAGCGGCCUGUCGUCCUCUGUGCUUGGCUCUGAAGAGCCCUUCGUGGGCUGAUGCUGUCUGCUCAGGGCUUCCAUUUGUGGGUUUCGGUUGAUAGGGAGGAGUAUGAGAAAUGGAAAGUUAAUUCAAGACAACAGGAGAGAACCUUCAGGUCGUUAUUUUCAGAACCACAUAUUCCAGAAGUACACAUUUAAUGGAAUAGAACGUGGUUUAGAACCCAGCCUCCCCCAGUGAAGCUGUACUUUAUCACAUUCAAGGACUGAUAGAAAACAAAACAAACAACAGCCACAACAAAAGAAGCCAAGAAGGAAAUAAACACCAUGGCCACGAAUUUCACUUUGAGAGUUCUGGUUCCCUUUAUGGAGGCUAUAACCUAAAACCCAUGCAACUUCUGAAGAAGAGAAAUUAGCUGGCAACUGCAUGGCCAUGACCUUAGUGACUGGUGAUGGAAAGCCCCCACACAAGCCCUGGCUCCCUAGCCCAUCAUGGUGGCUGGCCUUAGCACGUAAGCGGACGUGUUGGCAUUGGGAGAUACAAGCAGUUUGCAUUUGGACCUUGUAACCGUUUCUUUGCCUAAAGGAUUUCUGACAUUCAUUUCCUAGACUUCUCAUAAUAUCCAGGUUUUAUAAUAAUGUGGGGCAGCAGUUUUAUUUUUUUUUACAUGUCAAUUUUAUUUCAAAUAUAUAGAUUUUUUAAUCCUAAAGGUAGAACAUGCUUUUUAUAGGAAAAAAAAAAGUUCUAAUAGCACAGAUGAAAAUCACGGGCAAGGUCAAGGUUUCCUCUGUGCUCCUAUAGAGACCCAAGUCCCACUCCCCAGAGAUAAACAGUGUUAACACUGAUCAACAUUGUUGCUUGCAAGUUAUAUCAGAAAGACUCUGUACAUACAGCUCCCCGCCCCCGCCACACACACAUAGAAAUGUAUUUAUUUGUAUACAUAUGUAUGUAUGGUGUCUAUUUAUACAUAUGCUAUACACACUUUAUUGCAUAGGUUUCCAGUAGACAAAACAUUUUAGAAGCAUGCUAACCAUCUCUCUAUGUAUAGUAAAGCAAGCAAAGACAAACUAACAGGAAAUUUUCCUUUAUUCGUUGUUGUUUUUACGGCUGCUAAGCUGAGUUCUCUUACUGUAGCCGCUCCAAUUACACAUGGCGUUUGCUAUUGCCUGCCUGUGUCAUAAAAUCCAUGACCAAGAGGUCUUGUGAUUGUUUAGGUUACCUACCAUGAAGCAUGAGACCUACCCGAGCCCAGAGUCUGGUCUGUGCUAUUUUUCGAUCACAAAUAAAGAGUUUAUUUCUCUGUCAUGCUCAUUCCACUUGACAAGGCUGACUUUGCAGGGCUAACACUCCCUACGUUGCCUAAUGAUAUUUAAUGCGGGCAUGCUGCUGCCAGGAAGCUGUAGGAACUUGGGUACGGGCAAGGGUCUGAGGAGCCUGGCUUGCUUCCCGUGGGAGUAGUUCACGAAAAUCACUGAAAACAGUGCCAUCUUUAAUUCAGUUGUGCUGUUUAAAAAUGAGAUAGAUCAUUGUUGAAAUAAUGCACCAUAGCCAUCAAAUAAAACCAAUUGCUCUAUUUAAAUGGGUUAUUUUCAGUUUGGGUAAGAAAAAUGUAGAACAUGUAUUAAAUGAGAGACUUUUCUAACUGUAUAAAAUCGUUUCUACCCAGGUCUCACUAGAACCUUCUCUGAAUCUCUCUACCUUCUCAUUCUCUGAAUUCCAUAUUCAGCUGAUUGCUGUAGUUUUUUCUCUGUCUGGUCUCUCAGAUGGACUUUGGCCCCAUCCCAUUCUGUGUCCUGAUCUUCACUGAUCUCUAGUCCCUCUAGUUUCUGACCUUGUCAAGAGUCCUCCUGGGCUUCUGGCCACCACCUUCAGUCAUUUUGUCAUACAGACACCCAAAUCUUCCCCAGGUAUUCUGCUCAAGAUGGAUCAGAAUGAAAUUACCCUCUGGGACAAGUAUCCAUUUUGCCUGAAGGACAAAUAUAUGUCCACUGACUUUGAUCACCCUAUAGAGUUACAACAUGCCUUAUUCUGAGAAGCCAUCUGCCAUAGAAGUUUAGCACACGUAUGUCUUAGUCCUUCUGUGGUUGUCCACGAUCAUGGUGGCUUCUUCCACAUCCAGUGACGUAAACCAUGUGUUCCCCUAAAUCACCUAGAUGACUGGAUUAGAUACGUGUUAUACCCCUAGUGGCCAUCCAUGGAUUUUAGACUGUCUCCCCAGAGUUUACUGAGAACCCUAAAAAUAGGAACCGAGCAAGGAGGAGUGCCCUCAGAACACCCACUCUCCCAGAACACAUAGCACUGACCCAAUCCCAGAAAGAAAGCAGGAAAAAAUAAUUCUUAGGCUGUUGAAGCAUUGUCAUUUAGAGAUUUGAAUAUUGAAUGGUAUCCUCACGGUAGACAGAUUCUAAAGUCUAUAUAUGUAUUCAGGCAUUCUGCGUGCAAUCAUAUGUUCGUGAAUCAAGCAUACAUUUGUAUAUUUAAUCAUUUAUAUGAAAAGUAAUUUAUCCCUUGCUCUGCUGCAGGCAACAUGCUAAGGAUCUAAGAAUGAAAGCAAGAGCCAAAACUCUUGAGUUCAUGGAGCUGGCAGCCUAGGAGAAAAGACAGAUUCCAAUAGCACAUGGUACCAGGGAAACAUGCCCUGGGGAACCCAUCAGGCUUUUACAUGCCAGUCACUCUUCAGCCAGAGAUGUCUGAGUUCUAAGAAAUAUGAAAUGAGACUAUAAAUAUUAAAGAAAUGAUAUUUUGCAUUUCUUUUUCCCAAGAGUCUUGGUCCUGUUCUUAAAAAUGGAUUUGCGACCAAGACUUUAAGAUGAGACAGAAAUACGACGCCAAUGGGAGCUAAAACUCAUGCUGUUUCUCAAGGAUGGAACUAGAAGCAAUAGGCAAAAUUUGCAGUGGGUUUUGACUGAAUACAACAAUGAAGUAUAACUAUUGUCUUAGAGUGGAGUGGGCAACCUUACAGAAUUACACACAUUUAGCCCCUGGGAUUGUUUGUGAACAGAGGCUCCCUGACCAUCUGGAGGGAUGCUGUGAUUAGGAACCUUCAUCUAAGGAGCUGAAAUCAGAUGCUGUGUUUUUUUGAAAUUUUGGGGUUUUUUUAAAAAUCAUGAAUGGCCGGACUUCAUUUUUAAAAUUUAUGAAAAUCUUUGAUUUUUUUAAUGUUUAGAACACCACAUUCAGGGGAAAAAUCUAAGAGAGAAUGACUUUUGGUUCUCAUUUAAAUAAUUUUAAACCAACUAAGCCUGAAUUUAAGAGCUAGUGCAAAGCAAACAUACUCAGUUGUCUAACUUACUCCAAAAUGCUUCUGGAAGCAUCACGGAUUUGGAUGAAUGUUCUAAGGCAUUCUUAAGUCAUAUUAGAAAUUGGUUUUACUGUCCGUCCAAUGUAAAAACAAAACAACAACAAACAAACAAAGAAGUGCUGUGAUUUGAUAUUCUCACAUUUAAAUGUAAUCUACAACCACAGAAGAAAAUUUUGCCUAAAUGAUAUUUGGGAUCCAAGUGAACGGACACAAAAGACAAUCAUGGAAAAUGCCUUUGCUUCUGCUGCAGGCCUGAUAGCUGCUAGAGAGCACUCACCCAUGCAGAUGAGUGAUGAUUCUGAAUGUUUUCCGGAGUUUUCCUCUUUUGAGCCAAAUGACAUCUGAAAGGGAUCCCUUUGUGGUGGAAACAACCGAAACGAUCUUAUUUCUCAAUCUUUUAGUGAAACACAUAUAGCUUUCAAAAGAAAAUAGUUGAAAUAAGUCAAAUGUAUACUGCUUACUGUUAUUAUACUGUUUAUUACAACUUCAGUAAUUUUUAAAAUUUUUAGGGUUUUAGCAUUUCGAUGCCCUUGUGACACCUUUGAGCUUCGGUACAAAUCCAUGCAAUGGGUCAUGCAGGUUAUUUUAGGUGAAAAAAACAAAUCUCAACACAGUGAAUUCAACUUGCACAGAUUCCUAUAGUAAAUGCUAGAACUGCGGCCAAAGCAAACAUCUCUGAAUGUUACAGACUAACACGUCCACGGUAGAUGUUUGCUGAGUAAACCGUCUCUCCCCGCCACCCCUGCCCACUGCAUUCACUGCUGUUUUACAUCGUGCAGAUUUCCAUAGUUUAGAAGGUGCCUCCUUGAAAAGAUAAUGACUUAACAUCCCACAGCAAAAGUUGGGUAGAACUGAGGAAAAUGUGAAGUUAAAAAGUCAAGAGUUUUUGCUAUCAGUGGCCUAUCAGGUUGGGCAAAGUUCAAGGGGAAAAACGGUCAAAUGUUUUGGUGCCUGGCUGGAUUUCACAAGCCGGUAACACUGAGGAUGACUUCCAGGUUUCUCUAUGAUUCUCAACAUUUAAAAGUGUUAGUACUGUUUUCUCUCCUUGGAAGUCACGAUUGGAAUGAUAUUUUAGAAUUCUAUACCCAAAAGUAUUGAAAAUGGGCUUGCCAUUCAAGACUCCUUUGCUGUAAGUGGGUGGCCAUGCAAAGCUACAUCUGUCCUACCAUUACACGCACAGAGGUCUGAUACACCUGCGGGAAGUUCUGCUGACUUUGAAAUGGGAAGAAUAAACAGACUGGAGAGAUUCUUCAAUUCCUGCUCUCAUCUUUUACAAGGCACCUUGACGGGCAGCUCAGUGACCAUGUAGAAGAAGGAUGUUUGAUCUGGAAAGAGGACAAAGCUAGAUCAGGAACAGGAAUGUUUGGAGGAGACAGGUGAAGAAUGGUGAGAUUCAAGUCCUCUAGGGCAGACAAUAUGCAGAAGAAAGCAAGGACAGAAGAAUUCUGAACAGACAUGAAAAGGAGGUGACUUUAUUACUUCUAGAAGGAUUUCUUUUUUUCUUAAACAUUACAUCCAGAAAAAUGGAUGGGGCUUUCUGGGAAACAAAGUGACUUACUACAGCUAGGGUUUUUUUCUAGUAUUUCAGCGAAAAUUAACCACCAAAUGAGGGAACAGGGAAAAGCACUUCCAUAAUCGUGAGGGAGCUUAGACUAAAAGACUCCUUUGAUAUUUUCUCAUUUUAGAUUUCUGUGACUUUGGACCCAAGCAGAACUCAUUUAAAGGCCUCAGCCUCUUUAGUUUCCUGCCAUGUUGAUGGCAAUUAAAGUUUUUUGUAAAAACACCAGUCAUUGCAAAUAUAGCCCAGAUCAUUGAGAAGCAGGUUUUUCAUGACACCGAAACAAUUUGUUUUGCUUAUAUACACACCUGCCUGUGUGCACGCAUGCACAGACACACAGAACUCUCUUUGUCCAUUGCUAGUCAAUUUCCAAAUCUCCUGAGUAAGAUUUGUAUUCCUACUAAGACAGAACAGUCACGGGUUCAGUAAUUAAAGAGAAAAAAAGGAUCUAGUGUUCAUUUUCCUACUUUCUACCCAUUUGUUGUUUGGGGUAUGUGGUUGUGGCUAGGGCUUAGAGAAGGAGCAGAAGAUCUCUAUUUUCUGGUAAAGAGGCAGUUUUUAUAACUUAUUGCCAUUAAGUAGGACUUAGUCUUUUAUCACUAGACUGGUGUUGCUAUGUUUGUAGACUAUAGUUUUCUUUUAAGUCCAUUUUUUAAAUCUUUUUUAAAGAUUUAUUUAUUUUUAGAGAGAGCAUGUGUGUGUGAAUUGGGGG